AUGGUGACAGGCUUCCCCCAAGUGUCAGUGAGUCGCUGCCUCCUGGGGACUUCUCGUCCCACCAGCUGCGUCGCCGCGCCCCCGUACGGACCGGCUGGGCCCCCUCCCGGGAACCCAAGUUGUUCUACCCUGACCUUCUGCCCAACCAUGGAAGAAUUUAAAGAUUUCAACAAAUGCGUUGCUUACAUGGAAUCCCAAGGUGCACACCGAGCAGGCCUGGCUAAGAUAAGUCCACCGAAGGAAUGGAAAGCCAGACAGACCUAUGAUGACAUCAGUGACAUCCAAAUAGCCACUCCUCUGCAGCAGGUGGUCUUUGGGCGGGCAGGUGUGUUUACACGAUACCAUAAAAAGAAGAAAGCCAUGACCGUGGGGGAGUAUCGCCACUUGGCUGACAGUGACAAAUACCGCACUCCACCACACCUGGAUUUUGAAGACUUGGAGCGAAAGUACUGGAAGAACCGCCUGUACGACUCUCCGAUUUAUGGCGCCGACAUCAGCGGCUCCUUGUUUGAUGAAAACACUGAACACUGGAACCUCAGAAACCUGGGAACAAUUCAGGACCUGCUGGAAUGGGAGUGCGGGGUCGUCAUCGAAGGCGUCAACAUGCCCUACUUGUACUUCGGCAUGUGGAAGACCACCUUCGCUUGGCACACGGAGGACAUGGACCUGUACAGCAUCAGCUACCUGCACUUUGGGGAGCCCAAAACGUGGUACGCGGUGCCCCCGGAGCACGGCCGAUGCCUGGAACGCCUGGCCAGGGAGCUUUUCCCGGGCAGUGCGCAGGGCUGUGAGGCCUUCCUGCGGCACAAGGUGGCUCUCAUCUCGCCCACCGUGCUCAGGGAGAAUGGCAUUCCCUUCAGUCGCAUCACCCAGGAGGCUGGCGAGUUCAUGGUGAUGUUCCCCUAUGGCUACCACGCUGGCUUCAAUCACGGCUUCAACUGUGCCGAAGCCAUCAACUUUGGCACCCUGCGCUGGGUUGAUUAUGGCAAAGUGGCGUCUCAGUGCAGCUGUGGGGAGGCCAGGGUCGUGUUUUCCAUGGACGCCUUCGUGCGCGUUCUGCAACCCGAGCGCUACGAGCGCUGGAACGGGCGAGACCGGAUGGUCGUGGAGCACAGGAAGCCCAUGGAGCCAGCCGGCCAGGAACGGACCGCCUGGAGGGAGGCCCGGGCACCCAAGAGAGUUGCACCGGGCAUGCAGCACCCCCGCCCCGCCAGGCCCUGUGCCUUUCUAGUCCUCUGGCCUCCAGCGGUGGCUCCCGCCUCAGUGCUCCUGUGUGUCCUGCUCCCUGGCUCCUCUGCAUGCAGCUCUGCUGUGCAGCCUGAGGCUGCUGUCCCUGCCACAUCCAUUGCCGCUGCUCCAAGCUCCGAUGAGCCCGGCCCGGUAGCCGUGCCAACCCCGGGUCUGCCUGCUCUGCAUCUCCAGCCUUCACCUGAUGGAAGUGUUCUUGGUGGUGCUCCUUGUUGUCUUCGGGAAUCUGAAGAUGAGGAACAGCCCCUCCAGGCCUCUGCUAAGAGGUGCACUGCCCCCACAGUUCCAGGCCUCAAGUCUCAGCCCCUACCUGGGCAUGGACUGUGA